ACCUAUUCCAUCAAUGGACCUACCUCAGUGGGAAAGCCGCUUAUCUCAUGUAUCAACUUACAUCUACCAGGGCUGCAAAUCGAGAAUUUCUAGUAAAAUGAAUAAUGGAACUUUAUUCUGUUUUGGAUUAUUUUCGUUGCUGUAAGCCAUGGCAUUGCCUAUGUUACAAGUUGGUGCGGUGUUGACGAAUUUAGUUUGUACGAAAGUGCCGAUUUUAGCUCGUCCACAUUGCUACAGAGAUAAUGCGGACCGAUAUCCCCAUAAAUUCAAAUGUUGCCCGUAUAACUACGUUUUCGUGAAUUAUGAUCGGAUUUGCUCCUGUGUGCCGAAGAAAUAUGCACAAACGUUACGAAACGAACAGCGGUAUCGUCAACAAAAAUAUAAUAGUCCAGCAUACCAGAAAACGGGGUAUCGUCGUGUGAGUAACUUUGGAUCUCAAAGAAGUAAAAACUACGGUUAUGCAACAAAAUCAUCAACGAAACAGUCUAGGUACAGACAAACUCCGUCCCUUAACGCAAGGAGAAAGGGGAGUUAUCCGGAGCCGUCAGAGUCAAUAUCAAACAGUGUUAAAGUGACUUCUAUCAAGAGAAGAUACAAACAAAAUUCUAAUCCAGUCAAAUUCAAAUCUAUUCGAAGAAAGACCACAUCAAAUUCAUUAAAAAGGACACAGCAUGUGCCUACCAACACGAAAUCUAGGCGAAAUAAUCUUAGACAACGACCAAGAAAGGAUUUCACAAACAUGCGCAUAAACAGUGUGAAAAUACCAAAGAAAACUGUUUCAAAGGUACCACAAAAACGCGUGCAAGUGAAAACACAAAUUCUUUCACCUGCGAAAGUUCAUGAUAGACAAACAAAACCGAAAUCGGACAAUUCGGAUAAAAAGUUAAUUCGUAAUGUUGGAUCUUCAAUUGUUGCAACAAACCAACGUAAAGGAAGUCGGGUGAAACAUAUAUCACCACCCAAGAGAACAAGUGCCUCGUUUGUAAAGAAUGCUAAAUCUACAAAAAAGAACUUGCCGUCUGAAUUCAGACAGAGACAAUACAAAGAAAAUGUUUCGAAAAUUAAAAAUAUAAAGAACGAUGUUAUAAACCAUGUAACACAGACUUUGAUCUCAGACACGAAGACGUCUCAAAACAGUGGAAAUAUACCAAUAUACUACUUGAACUAUAAUUUGAAGAAUGGAAUUGUUGUUCAAAUGCCAGUCAUUUAUGAAUACCAUGUAGUAUUACCUCAAGGAAUAGACAGGGCGAUUCCCAUGCCUGGCAACAAGGGCUACCUCGUUCCCAUCUCCAUUUAUGUAGCGACUUCCGGUCGUUUCGUCUUCAACCCCGUUAUCCUUCGUCGUCAUCCUUCCCUACUUUCCCAUAUCCGUCUUGCAAGACAGCGUGGCAUUUCAAUUAAACCUAUUCCUCUUAGACAAGACACAAUUCAAAGUAAUGAACUUUCUACAUAUCUGAAUGCUCGUUCUCAUCAAUUUGACGAUAUUUUAAUUGACCAUCCAGUUCCUGUUGAUCCACUUCAUGACGUAGUUCCCUUAGAAGCACAAGAUCACGCCCCGCAAUCACAUUUUAUAGGCGUGAAUCACCGACAUAUCGAUAACAAUGUUCAACGUCAAAACAACGGAGUAGUUUUUGGCUUUGACAAUACUCAGAACCAACCUCAACAUUUUACACAUAGCAGAGUAGUAAAGCAUUCAAAAGAUAAAACCUCGCAACCUUUUGAAAAUAUCAACACGUUCUUUGACAAUGCUACUUUGAACGGACUUCCAAAUAGAAACUCCAUCGACCCUAAACUCCAGAGCUUACGAGUUCUGUCCAACAAAGACUUUGUGGAUAAAAGCAGUAGAAUAAAGCAAACUUUCAAUCCUAAUUGGAUACCGAAUUUAGAUUUAUUUCAAAUGUUGACAAAUGGCCAAAGACUCAAUGAAAAUCAUCCGACACAUAUACAAUCAAAACAAAACAUACAGAAAACGUUCAAAAACCAUUAUGUGGAUCUUCAUAAUAUCAUAUCAAAUAUACCGUUAGACUCUCAUUUCGAUUUAAAGACAGAUAUUCUUGGUAGACCUAUUCCAGACAUCCCUGGCCCAUUAUCAUUGAGAAGACAAUCACAAGGCAAAAACCACCGUUUACACUUUUCAGGUACCCACAAAGGCCCUGUCGGCUUUCCAUCAAACAAUUCACCCCCGAGAAGAGCUGAAAUCAUGUUGCCUGAAACUUUACAUUUGGUCAAUACAGGUAUACCUCAAAUUUCUGAAAGCUCAGUCCCUCUUGCAUCCAGUGGUUUUGCAGACGUGAAUGUAGCAAAAUCUUUCAUCACUAAAUUAGCUGAACAGCGUAUGUCAAAGCGUAAUCCUACUGAAACAAUUAGUGUCAUUCAAAAAGAUCCCUUUUUAACUAAACAAAACAAGAUGACCCUAAAGUUUCAAGGACCAGAAACACAAAAUUUGAACCAUCAACUAUCAAAUCCGUUAGCAGGAAUAGCUGGAUCAACAAAUUCAAUGACACCUAUAGAGACAACUUUGCACACUGGAAAGGGAACAGGAAACAUUGUUGUACAAACAGAGACGGGAAAAAAUGCAACCACACUCGCAAAAACAAUCACACACAUUGGGAAAAUCAAUGCAAACAUAAAGGGCAGUUCUAAUAUGAUCGGAAACAAUAUAGGUGCAUUUGAAAUACCCAUUGUGCAAACCAAAACAAGAAACACAAAGUUACAAAAUAUGUUGAUUGGGAAUGUUGCUAAAGUAUUAGAUCCCUUAUCAGUGCUAAGAAACAAUCAAAAGACACUAAAGACAACAAAUGGAUUAACUGGAACCAAUACAAAGAAACUUAUACAAACUAUGAUUAAUGGACAGGCUAGCAAUCUACCAAAUUCUUUACAUGGAAUGGAAAACCCUGCCCUGAUGAACUCAUUGCUUGGGGGAUCUGCGAAUAACUUAACAAAUUUAAAAUCAAAUUUGCUUGGACAAACUGGUGUUAUAACAAAUCCCAUUGCCGGGGUCGAACACACUGCCUCAAAUAUAAAUCCAUUGAUAGGAGGACAUGCAAGAAGCUCGACCAAUAUACAAACGGGUUUGCACGUACAAAAUGGAACUCUACCAAAUUCACUAGCCGGUGUGAAAAACACUGCCUUAGAUGUCAAUUCUUUGUCAGGAAAACUUGCUUCAAGCUCAUCCAAUUUACAAACUUCACUAGGACAUACUGGGACUAUACCAAAUCCACUGUCCGGACUCGAACACUCAGCUUUAAACCUCAAUGUUUUGACAGGAAGACCUACAACAAGCUCAUCUAGUUUACAGGCUAAUCUUAUGGGACAGACUGGAGGUAAACCAAAUCCAUUAUCCAGGGUCGAAAACGCUGCAUUAAAUCUUAAUGUUUUGACGGGGAAACCUACAACAAGCUCUUCCGGUUUACUGGCAAAUCUUAAGGGACAAGUUGUAGGUGUACCAAAUCCAUUAUCCAGGGUCGAAAACGCUGCUUUAAAUCUCAAUGUUUUGACGGGAAGACCUACAACAAGCUCUUCCGGUUUACUAGCAAGUAUUCAAGGAAUGAUUGGAAGUAAACCAAAUCCACUAUCCGGGAUCGAUAACGCUGCUUUAAAUCAUAAGGUUUUGACGGGAAAACCUACAACAAACUCAUCUGGUUUACUGGCAAGUAUUCAAGGAAUGAUUGGAAGUAAACCAAAUCUACUAUCCGGGAUCGAAAACACUGUCUUAGAUAUGAAUUCAUUAAUGGGAGGUCCUGCAAUAAGCACAUCAAGUUUACAAACAAAUUUGCAAGGACAAACAGGAAGUAUACCAAACCCUUCAGCAGGAAUGGCAAAAACAGAUGUUAAACUCGAUGCAUUGAUGGGAAGAUCUCCAGCAGGCUCAACUGCAUUACAAACAAAUCUGCAAGGUCUGACUAGUAGCAUACCAAACCCUUUCUCAGGAACGGAAAACACUGCUAUAAAACUCAAUUUAUUGAAAGAAGGUUCCUCGUCAAAUUACAAGAAUUCACAAACAAACCUGCAAGGACGUAUAGGACAUAUACCGAAUCCUUUAGUCGGGGCGAAUAACCCUACUGUAAACUUGAAUACAUUGGUAGGAAGACUUCAAGUUCCCUCAACAAAUUUACAAACAAAUGUGCAUGGAAAAAUGGGUCAUUCACCAAAUCCUAUGGCUGGAAUUAAAGCAACCACGGCAAUUGAUCUCAAUCAACUUAAAGGAUUGCCAACGUCUAGCGCAGCAAAUUCAGUAGGAAAGACUGAUCAUUUACCAAAUUCUGUAUCAGGGAUUGAAACUCCUGCCGUAAAGUUCAAUACACUAUUUGACAUACCUGCAUCAAACUCAAUGAAACUACAAACGAAUUUGCAAAGACUGAUAGGUUCCAUACCAAAUCCGUUAGCAGGUACAGCAAAAACAGUAGCAAAUGUCAAUGCUUUACUAGGCUCACCAAAAUCCCAAACAAAUGUGCAAGGCCAAAGCGGUCCUAUUUCAAACCCUAAGGCAAUCCACGAUCACACUGCUGUCAAACACGACCAAGGGAUGAGAAGUCCAGCUGAGACCUCAGUGAAAUUACAACUAGAUUUACAAACACAGAGCAAUGGUAUACCUAAUACUGUAUCGAAUAUUAAAAAUGCUGCAGUAACAAUGAACAGAUUUCAUGUAACACAUCAGCCUGUAGCAAGCUCAACAAAACUAAUAAAACAAAUUGGUAAUUUACCGAAUCCUAUGACGGGAAUGGGAAAAACAGCAGUAAAACUCAGAAAUUCAAACAGGAAACCCGAAACAAGUACAGGCACGAUGCACAAGUUACAAAGACAAACAAAUAAUCCACCGAAUCCGUUGUCAGAAUUCGGUAACACCGCACCAAAAUCUGAAACAUUGAUUGGAAUCGGACAACCAGCAUUAAAUUCGGUACACUUAGAAUUGAAUUCUCCAAGACACACUGGAAACGUACAAAAUCUUCUUUCAGGAAUGGGAAAUAACGCGGUUGUACUCGAAAAUCCCAUAGGACAAUCUGAAAUAGGAAUAACAAAUACGUUUGAACAAUUAAAUGGACACGCCAGAGUUAUUCCCCCUCAAUCUGCCUCAGUUGGUAGGAUAAAUUCAGGACUGACUGACAACUCUUUAAGGAAUAGAAUGUUUUUGCGAGAGAACGUUAACAUGCCUAUUCAGUCAAACAAAUUCAAGAAGAUUCCAUUCAAUCCACGAUUGCUUGCGAAACAAAACCCUUUUACAUACAGGACAUUUUUCAACUUAUCUCCAAAUGGUCCUAACACCAGAUCAAGCUCGGACAGGAAUGGUGUAAUUGGAAUCAUUAAUGGUAAUACCAAGAUUUAUCCGAUCCCAAUAUUCCCAGGCGCCAUCAAUACUAAGAUGGGAGAACCAGUCUUUCAGACGGGCAAUGGCUUUGAUAUAUUUAGUGGACAAGAAUUCAGCCCAUUUAUUGACCCAACUACCAAUCUUCCUGUCGGUUUUACAGUCAAGAAAUUCAAUAAUGAAGUUGGUGGAGUUGUUGAUCUGCUACAAAAAGAUAAACCAAUGGCGUCGGAUGGAAGGAAAACAAUCAAUGUUAGGGCAAAACAACCCAAAAAAGAAAAUGGGGUCAUCCGAUUUUUGCAAAAUGAUGCUGUGAUCAAAGAAAUUGUCACUGUACUUCGAAGAAAAAAGAAAACACUGGGACCAAAUAAGAAUGAGUUAUUCAUUCCGCCAGAAAUUAUCGGCGAAAAAAGUCGGAACGAUAUUGUAAUGUAUUUAGAAGAUGUGAAAUCUUCGAAAAGUCUUUCUCGGAAACCAAGCAACGAUAGCGUGCCAAAAGACUUAGUAAAACUACUAAAAAAUCCAGUUUUUGUUCGAUACAUCGAUAAUAAAACACAAGAAACAACACCAAACACGGUAGAUCUUUCUGAUCCCCGCAAACUUGGUCUGAUCUUUGACAGAAUUAGCGGUUCAAGAAAACCCACUGCAAUAGAAACAAAAACUAACAUGACUUCGGAUAUCUCAUUCACCAAAAGUAAUACGAAAGUGUUGAAUUCCAAAUCUAAGGAAUCGAUGGUGUUCCUGACCGCAAAAACAGUCCCCCCACUGAUACAAAAGCCGGAUGCCGAGGUGUUGUUCCCGGCUGAUCCGGUCAUUACUCUUCCUCCUGUACCUGUCCUGAAAUUCGACAGCAUUGAGCUGAACCACCAGAAACCACUCAAAAUGAACCUCACAAAAGAUUUGUGUCAAGGCUGCAUUAUAGACGGAGGUCUGGGAUAUGCCAACCAUCCAAGUAGCUGUGAACGAUUUAUCGUCUGCUACCCCGGAGAGGGCGGGAAACUGGUCCCUAUAGAACAACAAUGUCCUCAUGGAUUAUUCUGGAGCCAAAAAGCUCUGACUUGUCGUCUGCCGAAAGAUGUUCUGUGCCCGUAUGAUAUAUGUCUGAGGAAGAAGGGAAAGCAUCAAUAUCCCCAUGAAGAGAAUUGCCUGUCUUAUUGGGAGUGUCAAGAGGGAUACUCUGUCCCCAAAUGUUGUCCCUCCGGGACAUCGUUCAAGGAGGGGCAGGGCUGUGUCAGUAACGAUGGGUCAUGUAAGAGCAGGUGCCCGCUCGGUGACAGUGAAAUACAGCCAGUGUUUUGGCAAGGAAAUUUUGUUACAUCUUUAUUGGGAGAAUGUGACAGACGUGCAGUUCCUGGAAGUCGAAACAAAUAUGAACGACACGUCUAUUACCAGUCACACGCUGGGGUGGCGGGGCGGAUCCAGCAGGAGUGGAUGCUUCAGGAGUGUUCACCGGGGACCGAGUUCCACCCGGAAGUGUGUGACUGUCGAGUAUCAGGGGACCCAGCAGCUCUAAACAAAAUAAAGCACGUAUGUUCACCGGAUGUGUAUCUCCCAUUUACACACAACCUAAAAGACGAAUCUUCAUCUCGGACGCAUGUCCGUGCUGACAACGUUUCCCUGGCAACCAGCGGUUCGGCGUGUUUCAUUGGUCGGUCAGCGCUGGCUAUGCCAAAAUUCGCCAACAUGGAGUUAGGUUCAUACCUUUACGUGAAGCUGACAUACCGACAUAUGUCGUCAAGUCCAAAGAACGAGGUCUUAGUAUACAACGGGGACUGUGAGAGGAAGCCGUCUUUGAUUCUGGGCAGCACAGCUGACGGGAACUUUGUUUCCGUGGUAACGACCUCCGGAGAGCAGCACACACUACACGUGAAGUCCUCGGUGCCAGCCUCGGAAUGGAGAACGGUCUCCCUCGUCAUAGAUAAUGGUCACAUCCGGGUCACGUCUGACUCGCAGACGGAACAAAAGAACACAUUUGGUGUGUUGGAGCGUGCGCCGUGCGGACUGAAGCUCGGAUGGGGCGAGGGGUAUGAGAACUUCAAUGGCUGCAUCGAUGAGUUCACACUGUACAGAUGUAGACCUGACGGACCUCUCGUAUAGAAAACAUUUUCCUGUGGACGCCAAUGCAUGGAAAACAGAAUUUUUCAUCUCCAAAAUGACUUUUUACGUUAAUUCUCUUUCAGCUGUACAUGUCAACCUGCCAUUUUUUUUUCAUUGUAAAUAUCCAUAUGAUUUAUAUUUGAGCCAGCGAUGCAUCAUAGUGCUUGGUUCUUAAACCUUUAAGGAGGCGAGGGUGGCCAUUGGGUAUUUUAUAAUCAUAUUUCAACUCUGUAAAUGUACCUCACUAAUUGCAAUUCACAUUGGCAUGAUACGCUGGCAUCAUCCAGAACAUCUCAG